AUGACUCCAGAAGGGAUAUUGAUUUAAGCAUCAAAUAAUAAAAUUUAUACACAAUAAUGUGGACCUGAUUUUAUCAAAAUGAAUUCUUAACAUAUCUUUAUUAUUUGCUCUCAAUUAUAUGAAUAUUAAUAUGGUUAUAGAAAAAUUAUAAAAAUCAUUAUCGAUAUAUUAAAUUGA